CAGUUGGGGGCAGUGUGGCCCAAAAGCAUUGUGAUGCGUUUGACCGCGGGGCAUCUCGGGAGUUGUGGUCCCAGGAUCGCUGCUCCCGAGUCUUAGCCGAGUAGUACGUGAGCUUGCGGAAAAGAGGAGCAUGCGCAUUUGAGGCCCGCCGGCGCCAUUUGGAAGGGGGUGGCGUCGUUUGUCUUUCAAACGAGAGGGCGGGAGGCGGCGGCGGCGGCGGCGGCGACUGAGCUUUCAAAAACACAUAUGGCAAUACCAGAAGUCCAUUUGUUGAACAGUUAUGGCUUGCUUGAUUAAAAAAGGCAGCGUUUACUCUCCGGAAUCAACUGUCUCUUCUCUUCUAGCAAAUUGUAGUCUUAACAGUAGUAGCAGUUCCUUGAGUUCACACAGUUCAAUCCAGUACAAGGACAAGCUGUAUAGGUCUGCCUCUCAAGCUCUGGAGGCCUACAUUGAAGACUUUGAUCUCAGUCGUCUGUCUCCAGAGAGAAGACCUGGAGAAAUCUGCGUUGCCCAGAAUACUCCUAAAGACUUCAGGUCCUCAAGGGAUGGUUUCAAGCACAGAUACGAUUCAGAGAACUUUAAGUUGCAUGCAGUACUAGGUUCUGUUGGUCCUCGGUUAAGAAGAAAGGUGGCUUGGGACCCAGAUAUGCUCAGUCUCACUACAGACGAUCUUCUAGCAUUUCCCGCAGAUGGUUCUGCAUCUUUUACCCACUCUGCUGCCUCAAGGCCAGUUCCUCAGAGUAGCAACCUUAAGUCACUGGCAGCAUCUGUUUACUUUGAUCACCACCGGACUUCAUCCUUUGGCAACCAAGGAGAAAUGAAUUUUCUUGAAAACCCUGCUUCCUCUUUGUACAAGGACUCUAGCAGAAAGGUGCAUAGAAAACACAAAUUUCACAAAUAUGAUUCGGAAGCUUCUGCCCUCUCCCUGAAGGACCAUCUAGUUGAACAAAAGGACUUGGCUUCUACUUCUCAUAAGAACUAUCCGAGGUGGCUUACAAGCCAGAAAUCUGACUUGAGUAUUUCGGGGAUAAGCAGCAUUCCUGACUUCAAGUAUCCCAUCUGGCUGAAGAGUCACAGCCUUUUGUCAGAUUCGGCUCCUGAGAGUUCUACCCAGAGUGAUCCUGCUUCUUUGCAAGGUAGUCAGAAGCUGAUAAGGAAUCAAAAUGAGGACUGCCCAAACAACUCUGAACGUUCUGGACAUAAUGGCUUGUUGGAUUUACGAAAUGAGCAUGAUGAUCAAAGGAACGGCCAGUAUGAUAUCCCAAGUGUGUACUUUGCACCUAAGGAAUUGGCAGAGCACAAGCAUCUAUUUAGAGAUGGUGAAGAUGAGUUGCUACUUCAGAAGGCAGGGAGAAUUCUGGAAUCUUCUGCUGAGGAAUUAACUGAUAUCCUGAAAAACAAUGGGAGCCCUUGUACAGUGGAUGUACUAGAAGCAGAAAGAUCAUGGGAUAAUGUUCCGUUUGGGUUGAAAUCUCCAGUGCCUGUGUUUUGUGAAGAGGAGAGUCCUCUGCAAACCCCCAAAGCAAGCAUAGUCAAUGAAUUUUUGGAAGAUUGCUUAAAAAAUGGCAGUCAGGAGAGUACUUUUUCUGGAGGGAAUCAUCAUGGGCCUGUGGAAGCUUUGAAGCUAAUGCUGUUUAAUCUUCAAGCAGUUCAGCAAAGCUUUAGCCAGAACAAAACGGCUGGACACGAUGAAGACUUUUACAAAAUUUCAGAUGAAGAUGUUGAAUUUAGGCUUUGUGAUCACGAUAUGAUCCCUGUAACAAAAUCCCUUCAGAGGAAUGACAGCUUGGUGCACCAGGAGGAGAGGAGGAGGACAUGGCACGCUCAUGGAGUGAUCGCAUCCUUAUGUGCAGUGGGGCAGGCGGACAAAUUAUGGGACAAACUGUGCCCAUAAUGGCAGAAAGGCAGGGCUUUGCACCAUUUAUCUCGACUUAAAGGUCUGGUGGAAGAUAUAGGUGGGAAAGAAGCAGAAGAAGUUACGAAGACAUGAUGCAUAAAGGGUCGUCAUCUUUCCAGUGAGAUCGCUCCCCAUCCCGACCCUGAGUAAAUCUACAGUCAUAGCUGUAAUUGAGUGGGUUGGGGCUAUUCCUAGGUCAGUCUCGUGGAUUCCUAGAUUUUUAGAGUUGGAAGGGACUUUGGAGGCUUUCUAGACCAACUCGCUGCUCAGUGCAGGAAACUGCAGCAGCAUCCCUAACAAAUGACCACCCUGCCUCUGUUCAUCAUGAAUGGAGACUGAAGGAGCUCUUUUAAGGAGCCACAGUGUUUCUGUACCUCUUUGGUCUUGGCUAACAAACCUACAAUCUCAAACUGGUGUGCAUACAUAACACGCCAUCUCAUGUUCCCCACUGUGAAACAUUCUAACUCUUCAAACUUUGCCCCGGCUCCAAAGACUGGCACAGGGCCACUUGUGUUAGACCAGUGGAGUUGCUGACUUGCCCCAUGUUGAAUAACAGAUUCCCACCCGCAAAACAGCUUUUGAAACUGUGCUCUGUGCCAUGCAGCAUGGCUGGCUGCUGCUCAAGGAAAACCAAAUCUGAAGCAAUGCUUGGACUCGUGGGACUAGCUUCACAGUUCUUUGGACCCUGGCUUCUGUUCCCAGGAGUAUUAAAAGCAAGUGUUACAGCCAAAACUAAUGGACCAUCCAAACUGUGCUGGUGGAGACAAAAUGAAAAGUCAAGAUCAUGAAUGUGUCCCAACAAUAUCGUUGCUGAAGUUGCUGUUUGCAUCUCACUCUGCACUUGGGUGAUCUAGAUUUAAAUCCUUGAUCAAUCCAUUAAUGCUAGAGAUGCUGAUCUAGCUUCCUUAGAAUACAGAUUAAGUUUGCUUCGAAAACUAAACUCCUUUCGUUUUAAUAAUUUUAAGCCGUGUAUGAUAUGAGUUCAGUAUAGUAAAAAUACGCAGGAGAGGAAUAGGAUGACACAUGGUUCUGUUAUUAAUAUUAAAUGCGUCAUUAGGGUGACACAUCCCCGUUCUCCAGGAAACACUGAGAAUCAAGCUGAAACAUCUCACAUUGCCCGGAACUACCACGUCAUGUUGCUCUAAGGUUUGAGAAUUGCUGUUUGAACCCAUCAGUUGUCAUCCAAAAGCUGUAUCUUCCAACAGUCAUUCUUGUGAACGCCGAAACCUACUAAGAGAGAAUGCAUUCAUUGCAUGCACUCUAAAGAGACUGAUGUGAACUGAGCUGAAAAUUCUAAAAGUGCCUUUAGAAGUUUCAAACAAGGUUCUUCAGAAUGGAUCAUUCCCAGCAUCCUUCUUGCUUUCAGACCACUGGAGCAUUAAAGAAACCAAAGCCCAAACUAGUGCUACUGGGUUCUGGGCACGUGGCUAUAUUUUCAGUUAACUCGCAGAGUUCAAGGUCCCCGAGGCUUCUGGGGAUUGAAUGAAAAUGUGAAGCCUCUCUUUCAGCGCAGUACUGAGCAUGUCUACUCAGCCGAGGUGACGAACAUCUUCCUGAGUUGGUGUAAGAAUUGCAGCCUUUGCAAUCCUCGAUUGUUCUCAUGUCUGCUCUUUGGUCUGGGAAGCUGCAAGCAGAGUUGUCUCUUAAUGCAGAUGUUGAAGGACAGGCCUCUGCCUGUGCAGUUCAAGGGCAAUUCCCACAGCAGACAAGCUUGUAACGAAUGAACAUUCUUGCCAGCCCCUCUGCUGGUAUACCAGGGCCAGCUGGCAACUGUUGUACUUCAGAGAGUAUUGUCAGAUUCACCACCAUAAAGUGGUGGACUUUCCAGGUAUUUAGCUACAAGGCUGAUCUGCACUGAGAAGUCUGGCCGGCAGAAGUCUAGAGGGCUGGGCCUGAUGGAUCACUGCGGAACCUCUUAGCCAGACCUGGGGUAUCCCUUUUGCAGGGAGAUGGGGCUUUGAUUUGUUUAACAGAUGUUUAUCUCACUUUUCCGGCUCAUUCCUGAGAUGCAUAAGGCAGCUAACAUCAUGGAGUUUAAAAGCAACUGUCUAAAAUAAUGAAAACAAAUAAUCAAAGACAUAAUAGCAGAUAAGCCAACAUACAGUAGCCAGAGGAUAAAAGUUCAGGGGUUGUUCAGGCCCUAGUAUAUCAGAACAAGGAAGUUUUCACUUGGUGUCUACAUGCCAUCAGGGGAGAGGGCCCGCCUAAUUUCCUAGGGCAGGGAGUGCCACAGCCCCUUUGCUGCAGCAGACAAGCCUCUCUGCCACAAUCUCACCAACGGCACCCGUGAUGGUGGCAGAAUAUCAUGGAGCAGAGCCUUUCCGGAUGACCUAACCUGGACAGGCAGAGUCAUGGGGGAGGAGAUGGUCCUUCAGGCAUCCUCAUCCCAAGCAGUAUAAGGCUCUAUGCCCUGUUGUGACCAUUUCAGAAGGGCUGGUGGUGUGGUUUCUUUUUAGCUUGGUUUGAGUAUAUUGGUUUGGGUGGUGGUUGGGAAGAUUUUUAAUACUUGACUUUCCAUGUGAGAGGCUGGGAAAGAAACAUGAGGAGCUGGAUCAAAAGAACAGGAUCUAGAUGGCGUAUUGAAAUGGGUGUGUGUGUGUGUGUGUGUGUGUGUGUGUGUGUGUGUAUGUCAGUGUCUACUUGGGUGAGUUUGGGUUGCCCUCAAUGGAAUGGACAGAAAUACUUGUGAAUUUGGCCUGUUGGUUAUAUACUUGUUGGAAUGUGCUGACAUUUUGGGUGCCAAAAUAUUUGGUUGAAUUAAUAAAAUAUAAAUUUCUUUCUGUUUAACUUUUGAAGCCCUUGAGUGAUGAGAAUAUGGUACAAAGGCUGUGUUUGAGGAUGUGACCAAUAAAUUCUUCCCCCUGCACAAGA